CUUUACACGGCGAACCGUACACCUCAUUGGUUCAGUACUGCUCGUACCAGCUGUAUAACCGCACGCCUGAACCAGCAGGCAGCCCGCCCGAUCGACGAGGGGACAAUGCAACAUGCACGGCACGAAGAGACCGAUGCAUAGAAAGGAAGAGUAGGGUUUUAGAGUAGCCACCGAAAAGUAAAUUGCAGGAUAUUGAAUGCAACUGACGACACUAAAGCGGCAUUUUCAAAGUCGGACACUUGCUACAGACAUCGAAAUUUGCCAUUUAAUUUGGUACAGAUACUGUUAGCAAUAUCAGAACUAGCAAUUGUUAUGAUGAUAGUGUUUAUGUUAACAGCGUUCAAAACUAACAAAGAAACAAUUUCUGUCGGCUGCUGAAAAUUUCUAAAAGAACUGCGUGUUUGUUACAUUUUAUGAUUGUCGAUAGUGUCUGAAAAAACCGUAGCUGUUAUAAUCCUGUCUAUUAAAUGAAGGAAACGCCGGUUUAUGCCAAUCUUAGUAAACUGUGCAUUGUAAUCGAUAUCAGAACUGACUUAAACGUAUCGAAACUGUUAAAAUGCUGGCAAUGCCAUUUGGCUACUAACUGUCAAAUGCGGAACUUAGUUGAAUAUGCCAGUCUGAGCUGUGUGUUUAUAACGGAACUAACUGUUACAACACCAGCGGUGUCUUAGAAUGCCAGAACGAGUGCUAGCUGUUAUUACUACGAACUUUUAAGAUGCCGGACACUAACUACCACGAUUAUCCUACGUAUCAGCUGGGCGCAACGGCGAACGGCAGCAGUGCCAAGACGACUCACCACCACUAUCAACACAACAACGCCGAGAAACACGUGUUGUUCUUUCCGCCGGCCACACCACAGAGCGAGAAGGCGUCGCCCCAGCAACAGCAGCAAACGGUCGGGGCUCGCGGCAGCGCCAAGUCGCCGGACAACACCAGCAGGAUGCUGCGAGGCGGGUCCCUUGCCUCUGACUGGGUGGAGGACACGGCGUGCCACAGUUCGUCGUACAACUUCAAGGUGGGGAUCUACGGCUGGCGGAAGAGAUGCCUGUACCUGCUGAUACUGGGACUCCUGGUCAUGGUAAUCGUGAACCUGGCACUCACCCUCUGGGUACUCAAGGUCAUGGAGUUCUCUUCGGAGGGCAUGGGUCAACUGCGGAUUGUGACGGGUGGCAUACAGCUCAGUGGCCAGGCCAUGGUUCUCGACGCUCUGCUGGCGUCAUCAAUCCGCUCCAGAAGAGGGCAGCCGAUCACUGUAGAAUCCAGCCGAAACUUCACAAUCAACACGAGGGACGAGGGCGGUCGAAUCGUCAAUAGGAUAUUCCUGGGCAACGACCGCUUGGUGUGCCUGGCUAGAGGGUUUCGUGUCACAGACACCAGGGGCACUGUGCUCUUCUCUGCCGACAAGAAGGAAGUCGUCGUUGGAGCAGAGGUCCUCAGGGUCACAGGUGAUGGCGGCGCAAUUUUCGACGGCACAGUACAGACGCCACUGGUGAGAGCCGACUCAGGAAACGAACUCAGGUUAGAAUCUCCCACUCGGUCGCUAGAAGUGCGGGCCCCACUGGGGGUUCUCAUGGAGUCCCGUGCCGGGGACAUCAGCGCCUCUUGCCUCACGGACCUCAAACUGCAGUCCGUUGCUGGCGCGGUACGACUAGAUUCGGCCAACGUGUACCUGUCAGGUUUGAAAACUGCUACCCCCACACCUCAGUCACCGCCCCCAAGGGGGCACCAUCCCACAGGUCACGAGAUCUACCAACUGUGUGUGUGCAGCAACGGGAAGCUGUUCCUGGCGCCUCCCGAGGGACUCUGUGCUGCAGACGACGACAGUACUGUGUGUCGGUGAUGAGACUGAACUGCUUGUAGCAUUUUCAGGAGUACAGUGCUGCAUUUCGUUGUUCCUUGUGAACCUCUUCCUGUCCAAAGUUGUGAACGCAUUGCCCGUCCCUUGUGAACACAGUACAAUUGGUACGCGUCUCUUAAAUCGGAGUGGUACUCUGUUCCAGCACCUAGUGGUACUGACUUUCCUCCCUGUUUGAAGUUUCUUCGGCUUUGUACCGCGUGGUUCCUUACUUUUCUCAUAAUGAAGCAGGGUAAGGUAUUCUGUCUUGGUAAUCUAAUGUAACUCCUUCGUGUCUCAAGUCAGCGCUUUGAGGCUUCUAUUUUUCCCUUGUGAACGAGUUGAGAAUUAUUUUUCUGCUUAGCCAUCCUGUUUCUAGAUUCUCCAAAUCCUCCGUAUCCACAUUCCCCAUAUUGUUUUCUUUUUCCAUUUUGAACAGAGAAAAUUCAUUGUACGUAAUUGGCAUGCCGGUUCGUUGUGAAAACAAUAUAUGUUUCCAGUGUUCACGUUAACCGUAACACUUCGAGAAACGAAAGUAAAUCGAUCUUAUGACUUACAUUCGCGAUUCACUAAAACUCAAUACAUUGGAGCACAACAGAAUCGAUCAUAUAAAAUGCAUCGUUAGACAGCUUCACUCAAUCAGCUAUGCGUUGUUAGCCAGUUAGUCGAGGCUUACACUCAUGGCAGGCAUAACAAAGUUAUCAACGCAUGGCUGCAGCAGGUUAAAUAUGAAAUUUAUCUAAUCGAUUCUAAUAUGUUUUGGUCUAUGGAGUACCACUGAACCACGAAAGUAAGACAGAAGACUUUUUCUCUUUCGAAGUGUUAACCUGGCUAACACGUUCAACACGAACGUUCCGCUCGUCUGUUUCAAUCAAUUCCUUCCGAACGCCUUGUAGUCUGCCUAUUGUAAACACGGUACGAGCAGUUCCUCUAUGUUAUGAAAGCUUAACGCUGUUUUCCCCGAACACUACCUGGCGCCCUGUCCCUAUCCUUGAACAUAGUGAAUUAUAUCCCUUGUGAGAACAGUGGAUCACUGAAGCCCGUUCCUUCUGAACUAACCGUAGCGACAUAUAUUAUUUAUUCCAGUGGGAUCCAUUGUGCUUUGUAACUAAUGACCGCGUGAACUCAGCAUUGGAAGUAUCCCUACAAACUUGGUAUCAUGAAACUUUAAUCCAGAAGAUGCAACGACACGGACCUUUAAGUCUGAUUCCGUGGUUCGGUUCCCUCGUGCUGUGCAGUUCAUUGUUGUGAAUGGCUUUGCUUUUCUUUACAGACAUUAGUGGUUUUCCUUUUUUGUGAAUCUAGAAUCAUUUGGUUUCGAUAAGGAAGAUUCAGUUCCAAGAAAAUGUAUUAUGAGGUUCGUCGAAACAUAUCGAGUUACGUUGCACAUAACGUUGAAGAUGUGAACAAGGAGAAGUUGACAUGAAAGAGGAGAGUUGAAAUAGCUGUCUCGAAAUAAUGCCUGAAGGCGCAUUCGAAUGAUUAUAACGAGAAUACGACAUGAAAAUAUAACAGAAUAUUCGGGUAUUUAUAAAGGAUAUACUGCGAAUGAAAAGAAAGCAAAGUAUAACUUUCUUAAAGACAUAAUCAGACAACAGUCACAUUAUCUAAGGAAAUGUUACGUGAAUAACAGACAACGAAUCUUCAAAUAAUUAUUUAUAUAGGCCUGUAACAAAAUAUAAUGACUGCAAUUAAUUAUUUUAUUUAAUAUUCGGUGUAUGUGAUGUACGGGUUUUCCAACUCCUAUUUACGAAAUCGCAAACCCACAGACUGGGAUUUCACUUUUGCGAAGCGUUUAUCGUUCCAGGCCGACGUACAAAACCCUGGAAAUAUAUCCAAGCCCCGGACGAGUUUCGAACCCAAAAUUCAUGUUCGAGAGGCUCAAAACCGCGCGGUUUAAUCGAACAUUAAAAAUAAUUUUAUCCGAUUUUUAAAGUUGAACUGAAUCUUUCGUACUUGAAACUAUUCUAUUCCUCCGUAAAAAAAAUUGCACAAAGUAUUUCAAUAGAACAGGAAACAGCACGAGGUCAUUGUGUGUCAGUGAGAAAAGCAAUAUUCAAAUAUUGUCUUGAGUGCUGAAAGUGAGUACAUCAUUGCUGGGAACAAUUAUCGUAAUUGUGAAGCUCUUUGUUGUGACAGACAUGUGGCAUAGAUUCUACAUAGAAAUGAGCUUCUUAUUGGAAAUUUAAUUUCGAAACCUCUGGGAUAAUUAAGAUGUUAAUAUCUGAGAAUAAAAUGAAUGUUGUAAUGUAAUGAUAAUGUAAAGAAAUUGAAGUUUUGCUCAUAGAGGAAUCACAUUAAACUGAAAUCACUGAUAGAUUGAUGAAAUAAAUGAAACAGACCUAUUUUA